GCGCGCGCCAUCAUUUCACUCACACGCUCACUCUCGCCUCCUCUCCUGCGCGCGCGACUGUGCGGCGGCUGUGCGACUCUGCGAGCGAGUGUGUGUGAGUGAGUGUAUGAGACCGUGGUGGUGUUUUCUCCUGCAUCCAGCUCCGCGUUAUUUGGCUGCAGAUAAGAAGAAGAUGAUUGAGGAUUCUGUGCAGAACUAUCGCCGGGUCUGGACUGCUGCUCGCCGCGCCUUCGUGUCGUUAAAGCGGCGCUAAGGAGUGCAGAAGCAGGAAAAUUAAAAUAAAAAAUAAGAAUAAAUAAUUAAUUAAUUAAUAAAAAAACGUGUCCCGGACUGCAUGCUGGAACUUUGAGACUACAGGCGGACGAGCAAGUGAGCAACUCGCUCAGGGCUUGAUUUUUCCUUCUUUGUAUCUACCUACAUCUAUAUCUCUGUAUCUCUGGCGGGACUCAUGGCUCUGAUGCGCAGGAUGGACCUGAUCGGGCUCUCUCUGCUCCAGCUGGCUGUGCUCGGAUUUCCACGACUGGUUCUGGGGGGCCGGUGGGACUGCCUGACUGCAGGGGACUCGUGCUCCAGUGACGAGGCGUGCAGUCCACGGCUGCGGACGCUGCGGCAGUGUGUGGCAGGUGGCGGCAGUGUGAAGCUGGGGCCUGGAGCCCGUAACCAUUGUGAAAAUGCUGUGAACGCUCUGCUGGCCAGCCCUCUGCACCGCUGCCAGUGUAAACGCGGCAUGAAGAAGGAGAAGAACUGCCUCAGCAUCUACUGGAGCCUCAAGCAGUCUGUUCUACACGGACUAAGCCUUGUGGAGAGUUACCCAUACGAGCCUGUGGAACGAGGGUCUGAUUAUGUCCGUCUGGCUUCUAUUGCUGCAGAGUCUGAGGCGGGCAUGUCUGCAGUGAACCGCUGUCUGGACGCAGCUAAGGCCUGUAAUGUAGACGACACGUGUCAGAAGCUGCGCACUGAGUACGUGUCUGCGUGCAUCGCCCCGUCUGGGCGCGCGGGGCCCUGUAACCGCAUACGAUGCAGCAAGGCCCUGCGCAAGUUCUUUGACCGCGUGCCGCCGGACUUCACGCACGAGCUGCUCUUCUGCCCCUGCUCGGACACCGCGUGCUCAGAGCGCCGACGCCAGACCAUCGUGCCCGCGUGCUCCUACGAAGAGCGCGACAGACCCAACUGUCUGGCGCAGCUGCGCGUGUGCGAGGCGGACUACGUGUGCAAGUCUCGCUGGGCCCAGUUCCAGCACGACUGCCAGUCCUCACAGCUCACUGCCAGCGGCUGCCAGCAAGACAACUACGGGGCCUGCCUCAUCGCGUACACCGGCCUGAUAGGAAGCACCAUCACUCCAAACUACCUGGAUAACUCAACCUCUAAUGUUGGACCAUGGUGUUCAUGUGCUGCCAGUGGAAAUCACAGAGAACAGUGCAAUCUCUUCCUCGACCAUUUCCAUGACAACAUCUGCUUAAAAAAUGCCAUUCUUGCCUUUGGCAACGACACUGACCCCAGAUCAGCCGCCAACCAGCCAGGAGCAGCCAGCGCAAAUACUAUCCCUCCAAACCGGCACCAACCUACCAGCACCAUAACCUCCUCCACCUCAGGCAUGGGAGUGGAGACCCAGCACAACAUCCUCCAUCCUCAGAUGCCCACACAGAUGAACGACAGAGACAGACUAUGGAGUGACUCCACCCUCCCUUCACCUGAGCUGUACGACAGCAGCCCUGGACGUCUCGACCCGGCGGCAUUGGCUUGGCUCCUCCCCCUCCUGCUGCUGGUCCUUCACUUGGGUUAGAUCCGAAGUGAGACGAUCAGCUGACCAGAGACAGGACAGUUUGUGUGUGUGUGGCUGUUUAUGAAUCUUAACCAUUUCUGGAUUUUAUCAUUGUCAUAUAAAAAAAAAAAAGAAAGAAAAACCACUCGCCGGAGGGAAGACUGAAGAAGGAUUAAUAUGAAUUAAAUGAAAGCACACGAGAGAUUGAUACUUUUUAAAAAAAACAAAGAAAAACAUUAACAAACAAACAAACAAACAGAAAGACAGAUAAAACUAUGGCUCCACCCUCAAUGUGAAGUAGUGAUUUACUUUCUGAGCACACUUUCUGAGUUUGAAAAACUGCCACGGUGGACCAAUUUGUUUGAGACCGAACUGGAGGUAAAAAAAAACAAAAAAAAACAAAAAAAAAUGAGAAAAAAAAGUGUGUAUGUAAGUACUUACGUGUACAUGUGUAAAACUCUAUUUCUAUGAUGGUCUCACUGUAAAACAAACCUGAAAUAACUACACUAGAACUUCUCGUAUAAUCCCUCUUUUUUUAAAUCUCAUCCUUAUUUCAAUGCCUAUUUUUCCAAAAGUAAUAUUCGAGCUGAUGUUAUGAUUUUGGUACAGGUGUGUUGGCUGAAGGGGUCAGAUCUCUAGCAGGUGCGUACGGGACAAAGCACAGCUACGGCUUUUCGUUGGCUGUAGAGCCGCGUUCGUGCGCUAGCUGACAUGGCGAGGACUCUUCUGGGGAAGGCACUUCACGCUAAGCGGCUUUACGGAGAUGUUUAAAUAAGAUGACGUUCUUUAUUUUUGUAAUGUGGAUGAAAUAUUCAUAUAUAUGUAUAUAUAUAAAGUCAUUAGUGAAGUUCUCUCUUUAUUUACAGUCUGGGUUUUCAUCUGCAAUGAAACCUGCACAUUACAGUUUCUUACCUUUAACCUCAGACGCACUGCUUUCAAGUGUGUUUCGGACUCUGACGUAUCUAUGAAGUAGAAUAUGAGCUGAAAAUCACUUUUGUUUUUUGUUUUUGUUUGUUUUGUUCCAUGUUACUGUCAUGUUACAGAAAACCUCAUGAAAACCUUUGUCUUUUUGAAAAAAUUGAAACAUACGGACAUCUAAGCUUUAUUUGAACAGUAUUGAGAGAUUGAGAGACGAUGUGAGACCAUGGGCAGAUCCAAAAGCUCUCUGGGGUCUUCAGAAAGAAGGUUGUAGAUACAGAUGAGUCAGAAAACAGAUUUAGAAAGAUCUCAGUGCUUGUGCUUUUGAUAAUACGAUAUCCUCCUAAUACAAUAUCACCAUGAUACGUUUCCCACGAUAUUGAUGAUAUCAAGAUAUUCUGCAAUAUUCGAUAGAUCACAAGACAGUUCUCUACGAUUCUCUUCACUGCAGGUUUACCCUAUUAAUUUCAUUAAUGCCACCACAUGAAGUAAUGCAGUAGUAACUUGGGGGUCAUGUCAAAUUGGGGGGGCAUGUUUAGAGUGCCUCUGUUUCAAUAAAAGUAUAGACAUUUGAUGCAAUGUAUCGAUAAUGUAUCACAAAUGAAAACAAUUUUAUGUAUCGCAAUAUUUGUAUUUUGUCACAACUCUGCAAUCCAUCCAAAAACUGGAGAUGAAACAUCACAUAGCUGAAAGAAUUCUGCAUGGAGGAGUAGGAAAACUUUCUUUUAGCCAAAGGGGGAAAAAACACUAAUAAUGCAUGUGGUUUUGCUUUUUUGUAACUUAUUCUAUUCUGUAUAUAAGCUUCAUCUCUCAGUACUGUUUAAAUAAAGCUCAGAUGUCCAUAUGAUUUAAAUAAGGUUAAAAAGACAAUGUUUUCCAUGGUGGGUCCUAAUGUUUUAACAUGACUCUAAAUGUGAACUACACGAGCUGAGAAAAAUAAAAAAACAGUGUUGUGUUAAAUGGAGGUCAUGAGUUUCCUAGUUUCCAAGGAAGUCCAUUAUAGGAGUUAUUCCUGAACUGAAGAUAAAACAGCACAGUUUCCAGCACCUAAAAACACAUUUGCUGACUGUACCUGUGGAUGUGGAACUACAAACAGCAAUGGUGACCCCAUAAUCGGAAUUUAAACAACUGCACAACUCAACCAAGUGAAGCCUCCUGUGCAUUCGACAAUAUCCAGAAGCCAUAAUAUAUUUUCUUUCACUCACUGCUUGUGAUCAUAACACUGCUAUAUUGCAGCCAAUCAAAAAGAGCACAACGAAGAGCAGCACUGCUGUCCCACCUACAGGAUCCGAGGACUGACGCGACCCCACCCACUACUGCUAGCCCAAGCCCAGCGACAGCUUAUUCAACCCCGCGCCCAAAGACUACUACUAACCAUUCAGCUUCUCGUGGUGCGCAAACACUCAAAAAAAUGGACAGGGCGCUGGCACAUGGGUGGAGUCUGUGGGUUUAAUACAUGUAAUUUCCUGAACAAUAAAGCUGCCAUAUGAGGAUGUACUUA